AUGGGAGUGAUGGUUGAUGGUCGGCAGCUACACCAUUUGCGCUUUACUGAUGACAUCGUACUGAUAACACCUAGCAGCAGCCAAGCGGGAAUGCUGACCGAAUUCGACGAAACAUGUAGAUGCAUCGGUCUUAAGCUGACCCGAUGGUCAGAUUUCUUCACGAACUCCUUCAAAGAAAAUUAUGAUGCUCUUCGUGUUCCACGCGACAAGAGGAACCACUGGAUGACUUUGGCACCCGAUCGGAACAAAUGGAAGAAUAACUAG